CAACAACAGCUGGCUGCACACACACAGACACACACACACACACAGAGAGAGAGAGAUAGCAGAGAGCAGAGAGCAGGCAGAGCACCAACACUCGUCUGCUGCCUGUCUUCACAGUGUACACCUCCGACCCUCUGACUGCCGCUUUGCUGUGAGAAAAACAAAAACACCAGCAGCGACUCCGACCGACUUUCACACAGCUCAAGGCGCAUGCUCAGACCGACUGACGGUGCAGUUGUUUUAUUCAGGAACUCAAGAGACACUGAAAGGCUUUCAAGAUGACGACUUCAUGGAGCGACAGACUGCAGAACUAUGCAGACCUGCCUGCCAACAUGGACGGGCUGACGAUGAAGAAAUACAGAAGAGAGCCAUACCACCGAGUGUUUGUCAACAGAAGCUUGGCAAUGGAGAAGAUUAAGUGUUUCGGCUUCGAUAUGGAUUACACUUUAGCGGUGUACAAGUCACCAGAGUACGAGUCACUAGGUUUUGAGCUCACAGUGGAGCGGCUGGUAUCCAUCGGUUACCCUCAGGAGCUGCUCAGCUUCGUCUACGACCCGUCCUUCCCCACCAGGGGCCUUGUGUUUGACACCAUGUAUGGCAACCUGUUGAAAGUUGACGCUUAUGGUAAUAUCCUGGUCUGUGUUCACGGAUUUAACUUCCUCCGAGGCCCAGAGAUCCGUGAACGGUACCCAAACAAGUUCAUCCAGAGAGAUGAUACUGAGCGCUUUUAUAUCCUUAACACACUCUUCAACCUGCCAGAGACCUACCUCUUUGCAUGCCUCGUGGAUUUCUUUUCCAACUGUGACAGAUACACAAGCUGUGAAACUGGCUUCAAAAACGGCGACCUCUUCAUGUCCUAUAAGAGCAUGUUCCAGGACGUCCGCGACGCCGUCGACUGGGUCCACUUCAAGGGUACUCUGAAGGAGAAGACGGUGGAGAAUCUUGAGAAGUAUGUUGUGAAAGAUGGGAAGCUGCCUCUUCUACUCAGCCGAAUGAAUGAAGUCGCCAAGGUUUUCUUGGCUACCAACAGUGACUACAAAUACACUGAUAAAAUCAUGACCUACCUGUUUGACUUCCCCCAUGGCCCAAAGGCUGGUUCCUCCCACCGGCCCUGGCAGUCCUACUUUGAUCUGAUCCUGGUGGAUGCCAGGAAGCCGCUGUUCUUUGGCGAGGGAACGGUGCUCAGACAAGUCGACACGACCACAGGACGUUUAAAGAUAGGAACCUACACGGGACCUCUGCAGCAUGGCAUAGUCUACUCUGGAGGUUCCUCCGACAUUGUGUGUGACCUGCUGGGAGCCAAGGGGAAGGACAUAGUCUACAUCGGGGAUCAUAUCUUUGGAGACAUCCUCAAGUCCAAGAAACGUCAAGGCUGGAGGACGUUCCUGGUUAUACCCGAGCUGGCCCAGGAGCUUCACGUGUGGACCGACAAGAGCUCGUUAUUUGAGGAGCUUCAGGGCCUGGACAUUUUCUUGGCAGAACUCUACAAACAUCUGGACAGCAGCAGCAAUGAGAGGCCAGACAUCAGCACUAUUCAGAGAAGAGUCAAGAAAGUGACACAUGACAUGGACAUGUGCUACGGCAUGAUGGGUAGCCUUUUCCGCAGUGGCUCCAGACAGACCUUGUUCGCCUCUCAAGUGAUGCGUUACGCCGACUUGUACGCAGCCUCCUUCAUCAACCUGCUGUACUACCCCUUCAGCUACCUCUUCAGAGCUGCACACGUACUGAUGCCCCAUGAGUCGACGGUUGAGCACACCCACGUGGAUAUCGACACGGAGUCGCCGCUGGCCACACGCAACCGCACACACUGCAGCGACUGCAAGGACCUGGAGUGCAAACGCAACCAGCUGACCCGCUCCUUCAGCGAGAUCAAACCGCCCAACCUGUUCCCCCAGACUCCCCAGGAGAUCACUCACUGUCACGAUGAGGAUGACGAUGAGGAGGAGGAGGAGGAAGAAGAGGAAGAGGAGGAGGAAGAGGAAGAGUAAAAGCUGCACAAGGAGAGAAUAGCCACGUUCCUGUUUUCCUCUUCCUGCCUUAGAUAUAUUUUUUUUGGCCUUUUUUGAGCUUUAUUGUAUAGAGACAGCUGAAGAGUGACAGGAAAUGUGGGGAGAGAGCGAGAGAGAUGGGGAAUGCAGGAAAGAGCCACAGGUCGGAUCUGAAUAGAUUCGAAGGACUAAGCCUUUGUACAUGGGGUGGCUGCUCUACCAACUGAGCUAAACAACAUCCCCUCUUCCUGCCUUCUUAUGUUUCCCAGUAGAGUCAGGUAGUUAUAUCUUUCAAAGUGAGGCAGGGAGGAAAAACGUGUGUGUGCUUGUGUAUGUAUAUGUGUAUAUAUAUAUAUGUAUAGAUACACACACGCACACACGCAUGUUCUGGAGAUUUCUGCGAAAAGUAAAAAGGACCAGUAGCGAGACAGAUUAUAUGUCAGAAAACAGUAUGCAUGCUUGGUCCACUUAAUUUUUCCGAGCUUCAUUAUCAAAAAAAAUAAAACAUAAACAAAAAAACAAAACAAAAAAAAAAAAAACAUUUUUAAUUUGAUUUUUUUUAAUGAUUUUUUUGCCCAUCAGACAGACACAUAACUCCAUUAUUUUAUAAGCUGGUUUUUAAGGCCCGCUGGUGGAUGAAGUAGAUGUAGUCACAUUUACAUUUAAGUCCAUCAGUCCUAACAGACUAUCCUUGCUGACACAGUGUGCAAGCUAUAAUCAAACAAAAAACACUUUGCAGUCACAGUGUUGAAUAAAAAGGGAAAAAAAAGAUGCACAUACUGUAUGCAGAUCCUUUUUUUUUUUAAUGCAACAUGGGAACAACUCUGUUUUUCAUCUGUUUUAGAUUCAUUUUUGUUUUCUCGCUGUUACAGAGGAGUACUUUGUUCUAACUUCUUCUGUCUGUGUGCGUCUGCCAGAGUAGACUCACUCGGACGACAGCAGCCUGAGCGACAGUAAGCUAAGAGUCCAUUGUACUAAAAAACUGAAGCACAGGAGCACUGAAGCACAAGCUGGCGUUAAACCAAUCAAUAACCAGAUGCAUUUCAUGUUUGAGGUCUGGCUGAGAGAGCAUGUUGUGGUACACGAGUGGCUCUGGAAGUGAUAUUUUGUUACCAAGCAACAAUAACGCACUGUAAAAAAAAAAAGACGCUAUGACAACCAGUCAUGUUUCUGUAAAUAUCUAUCAGGUGAAUGGUUUAACGCCACAAGCAACCAACAUGCAGUAUUUUCUCUACUUGGCUGUUUAGGAAGAUGAAACUUAUUAUAUUUCAGAGGGUUUUAUUUUGGUACAAUGCAAAACAGUUGUGAUCUGUUAAAGCAAAGUCGUGUGAAGUGAUCUUAAGUGUGUAAUAGCAGCUUGAAAGUGGUCUCAGUAUGCAAAAAAAAAAAAGGCUUUUUAAGAUGUACAGUAUAAAGCUCAGUUCAGUAGGUCUGCUUGGCUUCAGUCUGCGAUUAUCUCGCUUCGUUUAUCGCCUCGCUUUUGGAGCUUUGUUGGCUGUUCUUUUUAUCUGCUGACCCUGAAUCGUGGGCGUCAUCCACCACGGGAGUUGUGUUGAUAGAGAGUGUGCUGUUGAGUGUGUACAGUAUUCUUCUGUUGGGCCUCUGAAUAGACUAAAAUCUACUUUUGUACUUAAUUUGGAUGGAAACCUUGGUAGUGACCAAACAACUCACCAACGGUCCUCAAACGCUUCGCUAAAUUGUUUAAAUUGUUGGUGAUUAGGAGAAUAU